GCUCUUUGGAAGCGUUCCCAAGGAGCUGCGUAAUUUGAAUAUGGAGCAUUGUCCUUUCAUUGCUGCUCGAUGAAAUCCCGCCCCCUUUGAAACAAAGUAACAAGAACUGGUAAAGCCAAGAAAAGCUUGGGGAAGUUGAAAAGAAAACAGUUUUACCACCUUUUUAUGAACGGCGAUAUAUUGAUACAAGGUGCAUUACUACAGCUGGAAGUUGGAAUGAAUAGCUCGCCUUUCCCCAGCCCCUUCUCUGCUGAGUGGCUAUCAGUGGGAUUGGUCUGAAAUGACGCCAUCCUUUUAUUUUUAAACCAAUGACCUCAUCCCUGCUUCAAGUUUUACUGAACAGAAAAAAACCCUCCUGUGUAUGUUUUUUUAAAACUAGUUUCACUUCUCGCCUUCGUGUCACGUCAAAAUUACAAAUUGGCUACACAGAACAUCGGGUAACGAGACUUUGAACCGCGUUGGAGCCUCGAGUUUGUUGAAAUUUUUUCCAUUCAGAAUGUUGAAUUGGAGAUUUAGGUGAAGAAUGAUGUAAAGCUGAAUUAUCAUUUGCACUCAGGAGGUGAUGGUGUCCGAGAGCAACCCAGACCAAGGUUACUGUCCAAUUACUGGAUACCAGCAGUGAAAAGGUUUAAACUUUAUAGACUUUUGAAAUGAAUUUUAUUUUUAUAAGCCAAUUGCAAUCUACGUGACUAGAGGUUUCCAUUGAAAUGAAGUGGCUGAUUCUUUAAUUUCAACCAACCCAUAAUUUGGGGACAGUCCAGUGUCACCAUGGCUGAUGAAAAUGCCAGGACUCAAAUGGUAACUGCUGAGAAGCUGGUGGGACUUCUGGAGAGUAGCAUAGAGAAAGUGCUGAUUAUUGACAGUCGUUCUUUUGUUGAGUACAAUGCCUCCCAUAUCUUGGAUGCUGUGAAUAUUAAUUGCUCAAAGCUCAUGAAAAGAAGACUGCAGCAAGACAAAGUACAAAUAAUAGAACUCAUCCAGCACUCUGCAAAACAGAAGAUUGCAUUUGAUGAUGAGCAGGACGUGGUGGUAUAUGACCAGUGUACACAAGAUGCCAGUGCGAUUUCCUCUGAUUGCUUUCUCGCUGUUCUUCUUAGCAAACUGGAGAAGAGUUUUAACAAUGUGUCCCUCCUCAUAGGUAGGAUCUACUAUUACCUCAGACUUUCUACAAAAGAAAAAAUACAUGGUGGAUUUGCUACAUUUUCAUCUAGCUUCUCAGGCCUCUGUGAAGGAAAAUCUGCUCUAGUACCAACAAGCAUUUCACAGCCAUGCUUACCUGUAACCAACACUGGCCCAACUCGCAUUCUUCCUCAUCUUUACCUUGGUUGUCAACGAGAUGUAUUAAACAGGGAGCUAAUGCAGCAGAUUGAUAUUGGCUAUGUACUCAAUGCAAGUAACACAUGCCCAAAACCUGACUUUAUCCCAGAGAGUCACUUCCUACGAGUUCCAGUCAAUGACAGCUUUUGUGAGAAGAUUUUGCCUUGGCUGGACAAAUCAGUAGAAUUUAUAGAGAAAGCAAAGGCAUCAAAUGGAUGCGUGUUGGUGCACUGCUUGGCUGGAAUUUCCCGUUCUGCCACUAUUGCCAUAGCUUAUAUAAUGAAGCGAAUGGAUAUGUCACUAGAUGAAGCUUAUAGAUUUGUCAAAGAGAAGAGACCAACCAUCUCACCUAACUUUAACUUUCUUGGCCAACUGCUGGAUUUUGAGAAGAAGUUGAAAACUCAGACUGGACAAACAGGAACCAUUACCAAACUAAAAUUCCUGCAGUUAGAGAGACCUGGGGAACAGAGGAUGACACAGGAAAGUGGCCACUUUGAUACAGUAACAGAAAACCAAGCCUUUACAUCCACUACCUCAGAGAUUAUGGAUCAGAAUCUGACUGCACCUAAUACACCUUUAUCUGCACUUAUGGAAUCCACUGUUUCCAAUCUGGAAGAAGAACGUUUUCUGGCUCAAGGACUCAAUGGACUUAACCUGUCCUUGGACAGGUUAGAGGACAACAAUCGAUUAAAACGCUCAUUUUCUUUGGACAUAAAGUCUGUUUCAUAUCCCAGUAGCAGUGGAGGUGCUAGUUCUACACCAAUUGCUGCUUCUGCAGAAGACAGUUGUGAUCCUUUAAAGGAAUCAAAUGCGGGUGAAACGGGCCACUUAUGUUUUUUCUCAACAGCUCAGAAAGAAGUGGAGCAGCUUUCAGAACACACUACACCUAUUGUGAUGGAGGUAAAUAAGAAACAGCCACAAACCAUAUGGGAACAGGAAUCACCAAAAAGUGCAGCUAUUUCUUCAGCGCAAACAGCAGCAAGCACAAAUACAAUGCCUAGAACACUCUUGUACCCCUUGCAUAGAAGUGGUAGCAUGGAGGAUAAUUACAGAACAAAUUUCCUACUAGGUCUUUCUAGCAGCCAACAGCAUUUGGCAACAUCUGCAGUAGGAAUGGGGCUUAAAGGAUGGCAUUCAGACAUACUCUCACCUCAAACAUCAACUGCAUCAUUGGCUAACACCUGGUACAUUGCAACAGAAACAUUGGCUGGACAAUCUCCUCGUUUUUUGUCAGGUUCUACAUUGUUUGGGGGUACCACAGCCUAUUCAGCAUUUAGCUGUAGUCAGCUAUCAUCAGGCUGUGAUCAGGCAGGGACAGUGCGUCGGCGUGAAAAACACUGUGACCGCCGAGAUUCCAGGCGCAGCUGGCAUGAGGAAAGCCCGUAUGAAAAACAAUACAAACGCCGCAGCUGUCAAAUGGAAUUCGAGGAAGGCAUGAAUGAAAGUAGGUCCCGGGAGGACCUAGGGAAAAUUGGAAGUCAGUCUAGCUUUUCUGGCAGCAUGGAGAUUAUUGAAGUUUCCUGAAGAAAUGCUAACAUGCACUCUGGUAAUUUGACCAAGUUAUAAUUCACAGACAGUUUCUUCAAAACUGCACUUCACAGCUUCAGCCAGGGACUUCAAUAAUUUAGAAUAUUGUUGUUCAAGUCCUACCAAUCAUGACUGUUCAAUUAAUUCAACAUAAGUAUCUAAUCAAGGUAAUUAUGCAUAAUUGUCAGGCUUUUGUAUGCAUUUGAAAAAAAUCCCAGUUAGCGUUAUGUAAUUGUCCAAUAAUGCACUUUGCCUCUGAAGACUGAGCCAAGUUCCAUGGAGAUUUUUUAAAAAUUCCAGACAAGCUGGCAAAAUCUGGAUAUCUGGUGUAAUCAUAGCUUAUUUGAUGCAAACUUCUUUGCAUCGUAAAUAAAUGGUGUAACUAUCUUGAUUUGAAUUUAUGGAUAGGUAAUGUGCCAGUGCUGCUUAGAGCAAAUACCUCAGAAUUUUAAUGCUUAUACUGUAUGUAGGUAUUCAGUAAAUCAAAUCUCAGGUAUUACUUGAUACAGAUGAGAUUUCCAGUUUUUUGGCUAGGUUUGAAUUGCUAAUGUGGACUGCUAAUUAGCACUGAGAAAACAUCUGUGUAUGGCUGUAAAAAUGAGGACCGAAUCAAAAACAUGUAGAGGUGUAAAUGAAAAAAUGUGGAUGCUAUGCAGAGUACAUGAGUUGCAGGUUAAAGCACACUUGUGUGGAAGUUCUGUGAUUGAGAUAUGCUGAAAAUUUGUUCAGGAUGGUACAACAUGUCUGCAUGAUGGAGCUAUUUUGUUCAAAUGUGUAAUGUAUGAAGUGUUGAUGGAUAACUGACAAAAAUGUUCUUCUCAGAGGUGAAAUGAGGAGCAUAUUUUGAAAUAAAAUCUGAGAUGGUACCUGUUACA